AUGACUGGAGCAAAACCUACCAAUACUUUUAAGGCCACAACUAAAGUAAGCCUUGAUGAGAGAUUUACCAAGCUAAUGCAUAGCCGACCUCCAAUCGUAAUAGAGGCUAGAAUCCCGACUCACAGCACAAGACCAGAGGGCGUGGAAUUUCAAGAGGAGCAAGAUCCGCUGUGUUAUCACGCUUGGGACAUAGAGGAGCAACGUUACAGACCAACUCAACGCGCCAAUAUAGAAACAAUUUGGUUGGCACAACAAAAAGUAAAACAAGAAGAGGUUUCGUCCGAAAUGUGUUUCAAAGUAAGCGAAAUAACAACAGAGGAAAGGAAACCAGUUGACAAAACAUCACUGGAUGCGCAGAUAGACAGUUAUAUGUCUAAAACCAAAAGCUCAAUGGACGCCGAACUUGAUGUGCUCAUACCAAAGUGA